AUGCAUUCAGCCGAAGGCGACAGCUUUAGUGAUGACGAUUUGGAAAACUUUCUAGAAAAUAAUGUUAACAGAAGUGUGGAGCAAACUGUAUCACGAAGAAGUAUACCUCAGCAAAGGGAUCUGUUUGGCAAGGUCCUAUCGAAUCAAAAGGCUUUUUACGAAGAAGUUCACACGGAGGUUACUUAUGGGCCAACCCACCAUCAGCUGGAUAUGGACCAAGUUGGCACCUAUAUCUACCCGACAAACUACGAAAUUCGUGAAUAUCAAUUUGAGAUCGUAAAAAGGGCACUGUUUGAAAACCUCAUAUGCGCUAUUCCCACAGGUACAGGCAAAACAUUUAUAGCGAGCGCAGUCAUGCUAAACUUCUACAGAUGGACCAAAGACGCUAAAAUAAUAUUCACAGCGCCUACGAGGCCUCUAGUAGCGCAGCAAAUCAAAGCAUGUCUUGGAGUGACAGGUAUACCACAUAGUGAUACUGCCAUCCUCCUCGACAAAUCGCGGAAGAAUAGAGUUGAAAUAUGGGCGUCCAAGCGAGUCUUUUUUACUACACCUCAGGUUGUGGAGAAUGAUCUAAAACGAGGGGUCUUGAAUCCUAAAGACAUCGUGUGUAUGGUCAUUGACGAGGCUCACAGGGCUCGAGGAUCAUACUCAUAUGUCGAGGUUACGAAGUUUUUGGAUAGGUUUAACACGUCGUAUAGACUUCUGGCCUUGACAGCGACUCCGGCUGCUGACCUAGAAGGAGUUCAAGAAGUCGUGCACAAUCUAAAUAUUUCGAGAAUUGAACUUCGGACUGAAGAAGAUGCGGAUGUAUCUCGCUAUAUGAAAAAACGUGACAAGGAAGAAAUAGAGGUACCAUUAAGCGCUGAGAUUGAGGAUCUUAUUGAACAGCUUGGUGUAGCUGUAACUCCAGUUUUAAAGGAAGCGGUGGAGCUUGGUUUAUACGAUGAUUGUCCUCCUGCUCAAAUAAAUGCGUUUGUUGCGUUGCAAAAGAGCCAGAAACUUGUUGCCAACCCAACCAUUCCUGAAGGCGUCAAAUGGAGGAAUUUCUUUAUCCUGCAACUGCUCAGUCAUGUUGGACAUAUGCUCAAGAGACUUAAAAUUUAUGGCAUUCAUUCAUUUUAUAAGUAUUUUGAAAACAAGCACAAAGAGUUCACAACAAAGUAUGGGAUGGGCAAGUCGACUAAUAAAACAGCCGCAUCUUUCUUUUAUAACCCCAUUUUGAAAAAUGUUAUCCGAACCUGUGAAAAGCUAUUAGCCAACCCGGGCUUCCUUGGACACCGCAAGCUGGAAUAUGUCCAGGAAGAACUCAAAAGGUUUGUACAGGAAUGUCAGCCAACGUCAAGAGUCAUCGUAUUUACUGAACUGAGGGAAUCCGCGCUGGAAAUUGUUAAAUGCAUUGAUAUGAUGCAGACAAAUGAUCUAAGACCCCAUAUCUUCAUUGGGCAAGCUCGUGGUAAAGAGGGCUUUGACGACGAAGAAUACACCAGGAAACAUAAGCCCAAGGGAAGAAAAAAAACAGACAGAUUGAGGCGGCUGGAGGAAGAAAAGGAGAGAGAGGAAAAGAAGAAGCAAAACAAAGAGCGCGACCGUCUAAAUCGAAUGUCAAGUCGAACUGGUACAUCGGAAGAAGCACAGGUAACAGGAAUGAAUCAAAAGCAGCAGAAGGAUGUUCUUCAAAAAUUCAAAGAUGGGAUCUAUAACGUCUUAGUUUGCACAUCAAUUGGUGAAGAGGGGUUGGAUAUUGGAGAGGUAGAUUUGAUAAUAUGCUAUGACUCUACUGGCAGCCCCAUCAAGAACAUACAAAGAAUGGGUAGAACCGGUAGAAAAAGAGACGGCAGAAUCACGCUUCUUUUAAGUGGUUCAGAGCCCAAAAAGUUCGCCCAGGCUAUGGAUGACUAUGCCGAACUACAAAGGAUUGUUGGUAGAAACUCUCUCGAAUAUCGCCCGUCAGACAGAAUUUUACCCAUUAGUGUUGCACCCAUCUGCGAGAAAAAAUUCAUAUGCAUCGGUGAAGAAGAAGAUGAACUCAAUAACAUGGACGAUUCUGAUGAUGUUAUCAAGUUUGCAACCCAAGCUAUGACAGGAAAGCUCAAUAUUAAGAAAAACAAAUCUUCCAGAGCCAAGAAAAAGGUUGAGAAGACAGCAAAAGCCUUUUUUAUGCCUGAUAAUGUUGAGACUGGCAUUGUUCCUGCCAGCAGCAUGGUCAACAAAUUCGGUAGCGAUAUAAAUGGCAAUAAAAUAAAGCUUGAAAGGCCGGAGCCCCAGGUUGAUCUGAGAUACGCAUUACUGGACGACAUUGCUUUAGAAUCCCCAGCGUCGUCACCAAUCAAACCGGAAACGGAACCAUCUUGCCGCCUGGAACCCUUUGAAAUGAGCAGCAUUCUUGCUCGUCACAGAAAGGCUACUAAAAAUGGUGAUACAAGUGAAGCUAUGGGGACAGUCGAGACAGGGUACACUUCAGUUUUUUCCGACCAGCCUGUCUCAGAUUCAAAAAGGACUCAGAGUUCCACGACCCCUACCAACUCUUUGGAUGAGGCUGACCUCCCUUCUAAACGUCCCAGGAUAUCUGGCGAAGCGGCGCCUACCACCUAUGCCUUCAAAACUGAAAACGUGGGUAUACCCUUGACUGCUAAGAGCCAGGAAAGUUCAGGACCGAACGGUAGUCAAGUCUACAAGAAUGAGUUUCACAAACUCGAUGGUCUACUGAGCAGCCAGGAAAGGCAGUACUUCCAAGAUAAUUACUCCGCGUUAUGUCGCGUGUGCAUAGAGCCGGUGCCGAAUUUCCGUGAAAACGUUAAAACGGGACACCUACCUCACUCUCAAAAGACGGGCCGGCUAAUAGAAGCCUUCAAAAACAUGACAACUAAUACCAAGGAAAUCAUUCUGGCCAUGAGUAGCUACAAGGCAAUCGCAGCUCAGUUGGAAAACAACGCACGACCUCUUGUCGAACCCAAAGAGAGGUUCCCUCCAUCAAUUGUCGUCCAAGAUAGUGAUGUCCGGUACAUCACUGGCUCUGCGUGCAAGCAAAUGUCCCCCGGCUCUUGCGACGUAAGGAACAGAACUAACGACGCGGACCUCUCGGAUUUUUUGGACUCUGACUUCUCUGAUUUAUAG